AUGACCUCGCCUGAUCUCACUGGAUUUCUCGAAGAUCCGAGUCUCACUCUUCAUUUCCUUGCCUACGACAAGUCCCCAAAGGCGUUGGAGACAGUAAAAUAUUUGUUAGACGUUGGGAAAUUCGAUGUUAAUCUUAAAGAAAGUCAAGAUCUCCUAACCCCCCUUCAUAUUGCUGCUCAUUGGGACAACCUGGCCAUGUGUCAACUCCUCAUACAUUAUGGAGCAAACCCUUUGUCCUUCAGCAGUGAUGAUCAGUGCCCAGUCGACUUGGCCACCGGAAAAUCCAAAGAGUUUUUGCAAAAGCUUUCAAAUAAACGUGGACACAGAAAAAAACAGCGAAAACUCCUAAAAUUCAUAAGGUAAGUUGAUCUUUUUUGUUUGUUAUUGAAGUUUAGGGAAUUCCUGAUUGCUCUAAGUCAAUUUUGGGAGGAAUGACCGGUCGAUUUUCGAGACUUUCACUAAAACAUCUACUAACUUUAUAUCGCCGGUAUUUUCGGAUUUUUCUGAAUUUGAUGUGGAAAUCCUUCUCAAUACGAAGAUUAGGAUCUGAAGAAUUUGAUAAAAAAAUUUCAGGCAUGUCUUCCAACCCCAUAAGACCAAGCCGGCCAAACAAUUGGCCCGUCCGCCAUCAGCGCCUCCUUCGUUUUUUUCACGCCUAGAUGGACAAGAGCCGAUAACGGAUCAAGUCUUCACGGCCGUUACGAAACGCAAUGAGCGAACGUCCAAUCAAAGCGAUCGUACGUUCUUUACGGCCACCGAAGGAAGGGGCAGGACCUUAUCCAUGGCCAGUGAAAGAUCUUUUGUUUCGGCUCCGCAGAGCACCAGAAAUUCGGUGGUUUUGAAUCAGAAUCCUGUAUUUUUGGAUUUCGAAGCCUCUCCGAACAUUACCGUAAGUUUUUAUAUUGUUUUACUGUCACUUUUAGCCGAGAGAAACACUUGACUCAAAAUGACCUUUUUGGGUCAAGUCUUCCUCUUGGUCGGAAAAUGCCCUGGAUGAUGAAUAAAGUUGUGGAUUAUAGAUGGAAGAAGCGAACCACACUCGAAUUGUCCCAACUGCACCACCUUUCUCCCCCGACGCUACCCCUAUCGCCAACCGCAGAGUGAAUAAUGGGGAAGGAGAUCAAACCCCAAUUCCAGCCCCGAGAAAUGCAAGUCUGUUGGAUAAAAAUGUCACGAAAAGAAGUCAGAAGAACGAGAAGAAUGAUUUUGAAAAGGAAGCGGAUAAUGAAGAAAAUUUGGAGCCGGUUUACGCAAAAAUUUUGCCUAAAAUAAGGUCAAGAAAUCUUCCAAAUCAGACUGACAACACAGAAGAACUCUUUAAUGCCAAGGUUGAAGAACUCAAAGCUUUGCCACUUCAUGAAUUGAGGGCAAGAAUGCUAAAAGAAGGUGUUUUGGUGGGCCCAUUGGAUACCCGCAACCGAUAUCUAUACGAAAAGAAGUUGGCCAAAGUGUUGUUGAAGCAAGAACAAGAAGAUUUGAGUUGUUUGGAAGACAAAUUUGGAGAUGUGACGGUCUCGGAAGGGAGUAAGUGAAAUUUUUUUUAAAAUAGGGUGGAGUUGAGGGGAAAAAAGGGAAUUUCUCGAAAGUUGGUCGUUGAAUUGCUAUAAAAUUUUGAUUGUAUGAGGAGUAGAGAGUAAUAGUGAGUGUGUAAAAAUUUCAGACCGCGUUUUGCAGAAAUAAUUGAGAUAUGGAAGUUUUACGUCGAAAAAGUUGAGUUUUAACCUUUUUUGUCUCAUAACUUUGUUAUUUCUGCAUAACGCGGUCUGAAAUUUUCCAAAUUUUCGUAAUAUAAUGUGCUCUGUAUAUAUGCUAAAUUUCAUCCAGAUACGAUGUUGCCAUUUUGAGAAAUUUUGGUUUUUAUUUCAAAAUUGACCUUGAUGUCUAAAAUAAUAUAAAUUUCAGUCUGAAACCACGAUUUCCCCCCGUUUUAGAGUACAGUCGUUUGUAGAAUAGUAUGUCCUGUAUGGAUGCGAAAUUUCAUCGAGAUACGAUGUUGUAAUUUUAAGAAAUUUCGGGUUUUAUUUCAAAAUUGACCUUGAUGUCUAAAAUAAUAUAAAUUUCAGUCUGAAAUCAUAAUUUCCCCCCGUUUUAGAGUACAGUCGUCAACUAGAACGAUUGCUGAAUCUAAAUGACCCAGCGACGAUGGACAUUGGCCUCAAAGAGUUGGCGAUUGUCAACGAUUUCUUCGAGAAAGCCCAAAUUUCGGGCUCAACUUACUUCGUCUACCUCCUCCUGGACCCAAGAGCCCUCAACGAAAGCCCCACAUUUUCGGAAUUUGUGGACUCUGUAUUUUAUAUUGGCAAAGGAAUCAAUUCGAGGUCGCAUUUCCAUCUGUAUGAAGCGAUUAAAUUUAAAAAUGACCCUAAAGGCAAAGAAAACAGGAAAUGCCAGCGGAUUAUUGAUAUCUGGAACGCCGGAAGAGGCGUCAUAGUACUUCAUCCGUUCAGUAACGUCAAUUCAGAUCAUGCUCUGAUAUAUGAGGGGGCAAUUAUUGCUUCAGUUGGUGAGAUUUUGGAUUUUAUGGGUAGUGUAAUGUAAAAAGUGGUGAAAACGUGAGGAUUUUGGGGGUUUUAAGGAGGAAAAAGGGUUGAUUAGGUUAUUUGACAGCCUCAUUUUGUCCAUGGAGUGUUUUUUUGGCAAGAAAAAUGAAAUUUUUAGGGUAUAUGUACCUAGUGUAAUAUAAAAAAUUGCCAAAAAGUAUUGGUUUUUGGGGGGUUUGUGAUGUGAUAUGCAUCUCAAAAGAAAGAUAAGACUAUUUUACGUCAGUAUGUUGCUUUUUACUGCAGGUUUUAAUAAGAGUUUUUCAGGAAAAUCGAAUCUAAGCAAUAUCCGAGGAGGUGAUUUCAAGCCCCCGACUGAUCGUUUCACCCAAAGAGAAAAGGAAGCCCUCGGUGCAAGACUGAUCUACAACUCUUACUGCAUAUUUGGAAACACCAUUAAGGCCGAAAUUACGGAAGCCAAGGUCGUGAUUCCCAAAUCUCCAUAA